AUGCCUGGCACCGCGCUGUCCGACCCGCCCUCGGUGGCGCUUUCUUUCGCGAACAAUUUCUGGGGGAAGGAUGAUGCUGGCGUCGGCCCGCUCCUUGAGCGCAUGCACAACGCCAAGGUCACUGGCGAUGAGCUGAAGUCGUUUUACACCUCUCGCGCCGCAAUCGAAGAGGAAUACUCCAGGAAGAUGCUGAACCUGGCCCGGAAGCCGCUCGGAUCGUCAGAGGCCGGCACUCUGCGAAUGUCGCUCGACGUCGUACGCGCCGAGAUCGAGUCGAUGGGAAAGGCACACCAGAAUAUCGCAGCACAGAUGAAGUCCGAGUUGGAGGAUCAACUCGCUGCGUUCCAUGGCGGCAUGAAGGAGCGGCGGAAGAUCGUACAGACUGGCAUAGAGAAGCUGUUGAAGAUCAAAAUGCAACAGACGAGCUCGGUGAACAAAGCGCGCGAUCGCUACGAGCAGGAUUGUCUGAAGAUCAAGGGCUAUCUUGCGCAGGGACACAUGGUCAUGGGCCACGAGGAACGAAAGAACAAAGCCAAGCUGGAGAAGACGCAGAUCCAGCUCUCAAACACCAGCCAAGAAUAUGAGCAGGCUGUCAAAAUUCUGGAGGAGACUACGGGUCGUUGGAAUAGGGAGUGGAAAAAGGCUUGCGACAGCUUCCAAGACCUCGAGGAGGAACGCAUCGACUUCAUGAAGAGCAGCCUCUGGACGUUUGCGAACAUAGCCUCGACAGUCUGCGUCAGCGAUGAUGCGUCGCUCGAAAAAAUUCGGCUUUCUCUGGAAGACUGUGAAGUCGAAAAAGAUAUCGUUGGCUUCAUCAACGAGAACGGCACCGGCCAAGAGAUACCCGACCCACCCAAGUUCAUCGACUUCUGCAGGGGGGAUGCUCCUGAUGAUGUGUCCGAGGUUUCGGAGGAGGUCAAUUAUUCCGUCGCUCAGUUUCAACGGGCAAUGAACCCAGCGUUCCGGAGUUCUUCGCCACAGCCGUCCAUGUUUGAAUCUCAUCAUGACCCAAACAGUCCUUUGGCGCGAGAGUUGGGCCACAAGGAUGGUCAACAAAUACAACCCCCUGUCAUACCCCCGGCUCAGCCGCCCUACCCAGACACGUCCAGACAAGCUCGGUCUGAUCCUCGUGCAGUCACACAGGCUUUGCAAGAACACUACCAAAACCAAUAUGGAGAGAUACCCAAAGUACCACAUAACCCAUAUCCCACAGAUGGUAUGACGCAGUUCUGCCGAUCCCAGAGCUCAGUCGCCAGUCCAAUCCGGCCAGCCAGCAGUGACUCCCGCAGCGAUUUUUCAUCCUUAACAAGCGCCGACCCCACAAGCGCUGCGCAUUCUCCUGUCAAGACGAUGCCCGAUGAGCCCCAAUCGGCUGUCGAAGAACAUGCGCUGCAAAAGAAGAGAAGCACCCAUUUCCAAAGUCGGAGUCCGUUCCAAAGAAAGAGUAGACAAGAAGAGGCCGGGGCACAAUCAGCCACGCCCACAGGCCGCAACUCUUUCUCCGCAGCAUCGGCCCGUAAUGAUCCCGGUACUCCCAACUCGCGGCCGCCAUAUGGUCGUCAAGCUCGUAGAAGCAUUGUGGGAGGCGAAAGGCCGGAUCUGGGUCCGGAACCCGAGCCUGUUGAUCCUAGAGCUAACUUCCAGUUGAACGUCGGCAACAACGUGUUCGACGUCGCCUCUCCAGACAAGAAGCCGCCUCCAGAGAAGGCGGCCAACGAGGAUGCUGAUCCCAUCGCUGCAGCUCUUGCGGAACUCAAGGGAGUGACCAAGCAAACGUCGUUGCGCCAGUCGGCCGACAGUUAUGCUAACAUUCCAACGCCGGGUCCACCACCAGGUACUCCUGGCCGCGCACGUACUGCGGCUGGUAGCGCAGUAAGCGCAGCCCAGCGCGGGACACCACCUCCUUCGUACGAUCAGCCCAUGAGUCGCCUAGGUGCUCCACAACCUGCCCAUACUGCUAGGCAGAUGCAGCAAACGACACAACAAUACGUCAACAAGGCGCAGAACAUGUUUAAUGCUCGUGCGGGUACGACGUCUUCCCGACCUGGAACCAGAGGCAGCUCAGAAGUUGCUCGUGCACCCAGUCCUCAGCCAACCCGGGCUGCAAGCCCUAGAUUUGAUACGUACGAUCAAGCACCCAGGCCGCAGGCAUACCGUGCACCCUCACCGAACCCAUACGCCCCACCAAAUGGCGGCGGCCGGCCUCGCGCCCAAUCCACGAGCCCAGUGAAGCGCGAGUACGGCAGCUGGACGUCGCGCCAGCAUCCCCCAACCAGUAUGCCGCGUGCGGUAUCGCCGCAACCGCAGUUCCAGCGUCCAGCAACGAGGGCGGGCGCCACAUCGCCUGCGCCGCACUUUGCCGGCGGCCGCCCGGCCAGCAGCCAGGGUGGCGCCAUGGUUCUUGCUCCUGGAGGGAGCGACGCAGGGAGUGUCUACGGCGGCAGCCAAAGAGGCGGCCGGCCAGGAACGAGCCACGGAAGGCCGAUAAGCGCGUACUACGGCGGGGCCGCGCCCAAUGACAUGGGCUACGUGGGCAACGGUGCUGGUGGCGGCGGAGCGCUGAGCACGCGGGCUCGGAGCAGGAGUGUUGCGGACGCGAGGCAGUUCACGAAGGAUGGACGGCCGAUUAUGCAUUACUCUCGUGCCAUGUACAUGUACCAAGCGCAGAUCCCAGAGGAGCUCAGCUUCGCCAAGGGCGACAUUCUGGCCAUCACGCGCGAGCAGGACGACGGCUGGUGGGAGGCCGAGGUGGCGGGCAAGCCGGGCCGCGUUGGCCUGGUGCCGAGCAACUACCUGCAAAACUGCUAA